AUGAGCUCCGAAUCGUCGGCGACGGCUGGAGACGGCGGCGAACAAGCCGUUUCCGCAGCGGGAACGAGCGCUGGGUACGACAAACAGAAGGAGAAGGCGCGCGUGAGCAGAACGUCUCUGAUCCUGUGGCACGCGCACCAGAACGACGCGGCUGCAGUUAGGAAGUUACUGGAGGAGGAUCCGUCUCUGGUUCACGCUAGAGACUACGACAAGCGGACGCCUUUACACGUGGCGUCGCUUCAUGGGUGGAUCGAUGUUGUUAAUUGUCUGAUUGAGUUUGGUGCUGAUGUGAACGCUCAGGACAGGUGGAAGAACACUCCUCUGGCUGAUGCAGAAGGUGCUAGGAAGCAGAAAAUGAUCGAGCUGCUGAAGUCUCAUGGCGGUUUAUCUUAUGGUCAAAACGGAAGUCAUUUUGAACCAAAGCCUGUGCAACCACCAAUUCCAAAGAAAUGUGACUGGGAAAUUGAACCUGCUGAGCUGGAUUUCUCUAAUGCCGCCAUGAUUGGAAAGGGUUCCUUUGGCGAGAUUGUGAAAGCUUAUUGGAGAGGAACACCAGUAGCUGUUAAACGUAUUCUUCCGUCUCUGUCAGAUGAUAGACUUGUUAUUCAGGACUUCAGGCAUGAGGUUGAUUUGCUAGUUAAGCUUCGCCAUCCCAAUAUAGUGCAAUUCUUAGGAGCUGUAACCGAAAGAAAGCCCCUUAUGUUAAUCACUGAAUACUUACGCGGGGGAGAUCUUCAUCAGUACCUCAAAGAAAAGGGUGGUCUUACUCCAGCUACUGCUGUCAACUUUGCCUUGGAUAUCGCAAGAGGAAUGACAUAUCUUCACAAUGAGCCUAAUGUUAUCAUUCAUCGAGAUCUUAAACCAAGGAACGUUCUUCUGGUUAAUUCGAGUGCAGACCACUUGAAAGUUGGAGACUUUGGUCUUAGUAAGCUAAUAAAGGUUCAAAACUCUCAUGAUGUCUACAAAAUGACUGGCGAAACCGGAAGCUACCGGUAUAUGGCUCCUGAAGUAUUCAAGCAUAGAAAAUACGACAAGAAAGUCGAUGUCUUCUCCUUUGCAAUGAUACUCUACGAGAUGCUUGAAGGAGAGCCACCGUUUGCGAACUACGAGCCAUAUGAAGCAGCCAAGCAUGUAUCAGAUGGACACAGACCUACUUUCCGUUCCAAAGGAUGCACACCUGAUUUAAGAGAGUUAAUAGUGAAAUGCUGGGACGCAGACAUGAACCAGAGACCAUCGUUUCUGGACAUCCUCAAGAGACUUGAAAAGAUCAAGGAAACUCUACCUUCAGAUCACCACUGGGGCUUAUUCACUUCAUAA